UAUAUAAAAAAUUUUAUUCUUUAUCAUUUCUUAUUAUUUUUUUUUUUCGCGCGCGCGUGACACUAUUCAUUCUCUUAUCCAAAAAUUAUGGCACGGAUAAGAGAAAAUACGACAAUAAUUUGUCAUUUGGAAUAAUAAUUUUUAGAGUGAUGUGAACUGAUCUGUGGCAAAAAAAAAAACCCCCCGAAAAUUUCUCUUUUACAUAUGUGAAGUGCAAUGGUGAUUAUUUCUCGGCAAACGAGCUGAAAUUUUCAGUUUAUAAUCUCUUCGAAAAAAAAAAAAAAGAUAUGGAAGACAAAAAUCAGGAUACUUGCUAUAGUCCGGGCAGCAUCGCAGGAGCUGUAAUUGGAACCUUUUUAACGACAAUUCUGCUUUUUGCGGUUGCCGCAUUAUUUUACAGACAGUGGCGCAGACACAAAGGAAAACACUUGGUUUUAGUGACAGAUCCUGAAAUAGUUGACGAUGCCUAUGCAUUCGAUAAUCCAUGUUUCAAAGAUGCAACACCUGCAGUUGGUCGAAGUCUCGAGAGACCAAUUUCUGCCACUCCUAUGGAAAUGCCAGUAAAAGAUUCAACUCGUUGGUCAACACCUUGGUCAUCAUUGGGCCUUGGAAAUGGAAAUCGGAAUGAUAAAAGGCGCACCUUGGAUGACUCUUGCCUUGGACCAAAGGCCACCAAGGUCAGUUGCGUGAGUCUCAGGAGUCGCGACUUUACUGGACUUGGAUUUAAUGUCUGUGGAAAUAUGAGAGAAGGAAUUUUUGUCAAAGAUCUUCUUCAUCGUGGUCCUGCCUCAGAAUCUGGUCGCAUUCAUCCUGGUGACAGAAUAACAAGCGUGAAAAUCAGCUUCAGAAGUAUGGUUUACGAAGACGCGUUGACAAUUUUAAGUUAUGCCUCGCCUUACGACGUAGAAUUAGAAGUGGAAAGUGGGGGAUCUGGUUCAAAACCAACAACGUUAUUAAAAAAGAGCGUGGGCCCAAGUCCAACAAGAAUUUGUCAUCCACUCUAUAGAAGUCAAUCAAUUCCUGAACUCUCACGAGCUCAUAUUUCAGUAGCAAAAAGACUCUUUAUCGCCGAUCCAAACGAGUCAUUAGGCUCAAAUUAUUCAACAAUGAAUUCAACAUUAAAAUCAUCAAAGUCGACCCCAGGUAGUCAAACCCUCGAGCGUCGUCAUGAAGAAACAAAACAAAAUCAUCAUAAAUUUGGCAUUAAAGUGCUACCCGCUCUCGAUGGCACAGUACACAGAAUCGAGAAUCAAAAUGAGCACAAUACAAAUCUCGAAAGGAGACAUUCACGUAAAAUGGAUGCUGAAAAAAUUCUUGGCAAAACAACGUCUCUCGUUAAAGAAUCUUCAUCAUCUCCCGUCGAUGAAAUUAAAAUUGUCUCUGAAACACUUCAAAAAAAAGAAAAUUCAAUACAAAAAGAAAAUGUAAUUACAAAUGAUAAUUUACAAAAACAAAAGGAAAAUUCUCGUCAAAUUGAUGUGAUAAAUCAUAAAGAAAAUUCAGAAAUUACCAAAAGAAUUUUACGAGUCGAUGGAACAGAAUUAAAUGGAAUUGAUGUUCCCGAUCAGGGUAUGGAAAUGCAAAUUUCAUCAGAAGUACCAGCUGAAGUUCACAAUGCUGCAAUGGCUGCACGACGAAAUCGAAAAAAUAGUUCAGAACUUUUAAAAAUUCCCAAAUCACCAACAAUUUCCAUUGAAAUAGAAUCAGAUCCAAAAAGUCCUCAAAAAAAUAAACGAAAAGCACCAGCGCCACCGAAAAUCAAUCUCGAAGAUGUUGAGGCUACAUCCAUUAAAAAAGAACGCGAGUCAGAAGAUAAAAUCGACUCGAUUGCUGAUUACUCUGAAUCAUUGAAUGAUUACGUCAGCAAAGUGCGCGAGAAUAAAGAUGACGAGGCUCGUAGACAGAGGCUUGAAGCGCGAGCUAACAGAAGGAAUUCAGAGUCCGAUACGGACAGUGAGGUUCAAAAUAGUUUCACGACAAUUGAAUUAAAUCCAGCUGACAUUACAAUUCAUCAUACACCAGUGCCUGGUGUUGACGAUCACGACGAAGACGAUAUUUAUAGAAAAGCAGCAAGUUUAGGUGAUCUUUCAAAAUAUGAAAAUAAAGCCUCAACAACUUUAGAAAGAGCUCAGAGUCUUGAUAUGACAGAUACUGGUUCAAAAAAAAGAAAAGCACCACUACCACCACCUGAAGAUAUCAACGAAUCAACCGAGGAUCUUACGAAAUUAGAUCAAAUCGACACGUUCGAUAAGCGAAAAUUAAAAAAAUCCAGUGAGUGGGGAACAUUAGAGGACGCUAUUUGGUCAAAGGGCGAAGUUGAGGAUAAAUCAAAGAAAACUCGAGUGCGAAAGAAAAGUAACGGCACACUGGAGCGUUCAAAGUCAGCUGUCGAGAUGAAAAUCAAAGACGAAAUCCAGGACAGUGAUGAUCCUGUGAAUGUUUCCGAUGGUGCAAUUGCAACUACAAUUGAUUUAUAUAAUUUACCUCUCAGCAAACGUAUGAGUCAGGAUUUCAUUCAUUCCGAGAGAAUGUUUAAUCCCGAUGCUGAUAAUUCGCUGGCAAGAAUUAUCAACAAUGGACGUGUCGUCAAGAGUCCAACUCCCGAGGAAGUUGAAUUAGAUUUCAGACAAGCGAAACCUGUACCUGAUGAAGUUGAUGACGCAAAAAAUCCUUUCAAGGAUCUCGAGGACAAAGACAUUGAUAAGGGAGUAAAUGAAGGAUUCGAAAGGGCUUUGCAAUAUUUUGAUCUUCACACGAGUAAAAAUGCAAAUACAUCAAAAGUGGAUUUUGUCAAUUUUGAAGACUCAAAAGAAAAGGAUUUAUUCAAUAGUGAUCCUAAAUUGUUGUACAAAAAUGUGGAACCUGUUGAAGAGAUAUUUACCAAGGUUAAAAUUGACUACGUGUGUCCUGGUUGUGAGCAAAAAUAUGGACAUCAUACAGAUAAUUGUAAGAGAAGCACGACAAAUGGCAAAAGAAUAGACGAUCAUUUGGAGCUUCAAAAAGCCGAAAUAGAAGCUGACAAAAUAGUGAAUCAUGUAACAAAAGAAGAUUUGAAAAACAGUAAAAACGAAUUUGAAACUUAUUUAGAAACUCAUGUUUCAAAACCAGAAUCGUUUGAUGCGGGAAGAGAGGAUAAAAAAUUGGAAGAUAUGAAAAUAGAAGAGAAAGAAAAUUUGGAAAAUUCACCAGUAGUUUCUAUUUUUCAAACUCAUCGAACGAAAUUCGAACAAAAUUCCCAACCAUCUGAUUCAUAUGAAACGCAUUUUGCCAAACGAAUAGUCAAUCUUCCUGAAGAAAAGGAUGUGGAAGUGAUUCUCGAUGAUCAAGAUGAAGAUGGUUAUGAUUUUGGUUCAAGUAUAACGGUGAACAAUAAAAAUAUUUCGCCCAAUGAGGAUCGUCACAAUAUUAGCAAUGUCAGUGUAUCAAGUGGCGAAAAUAGUGAAGACAGUGGUUUAGUUCGUGAGUCAAUUGACUUUAGACUAGAGUCUGAGACACGUCCUCCAUUGCCAACAACUCCAAUGCCCGUCUCGGGUUUACAGAAAAUGACCUACAUCACCGAGAUCAAAGUAUCACCAGUGAGAGAAAACAUUCACGAGCCUGACAGCGAAAGUGAAGAAAUUGUCGCAAUCAUGGAAGGAAAUGGUGAGGCUAGAAAGUCUCAAGUUGAUAUUAUAGUGACGGCCAAUGGAAAACCAACGCCAGGUAAAAAACCACCAGUUCCACCGCGACGAAGUGACGUUUCAAAGCUCAUCAAGGAUGAAAUUUCCGACAAGCAAGUUGUCUAUGUAUCGGAAUAUAAAUCACCAUCAACAAAGGAAGUUCAAAUUUCAAGUGCCGCUGAUGAUAAAUCCACAGCUGUUAAUAAAAAAUUUGAACAGUGGAUUUUUCUAGGCGAUAAUAAAGAACAAAAUCCAUGGGGUAAUGGAUCCAGUCCACCUCAACCUGUAACGAAUAUUGUUCUAUCAUCUAGAGAUGAAAAAAUUCUGCAUCAAUAAAUAAUGUUGUGCAAUUGAUAAAUUUAAUAGAGGUGUGAGCGAAUAAUUCGAAUCGAAAUUAAAUUUGUUUCGAAUUUUAAUAAUUAUAAUCAAAAUCGAUUUUAUUUGAAAAAAUUUCAAAUCACCGUAUAGUUUCAUAAUUUGUGAUAAAUGUUCGUAUCGAAUCGUAUAUUUAAUGUGUGAUUUGAAAUCAGAUUUAAUAAAUGGCUUUAAAUUCCUAAUCAAAGUGAUUUUAAAACUAAACUCAAACUUUUAAACAAUAAAUUUUGUUUCUCAUAUUCAUGUGAAGGAAAUUUUCAUUUUUAAUGAAAAUUUAUUUUUUUUAAUUAUAAUUAAAAAUUUAUAAUCACUUUACAUGAAUGUUAAAAUUUUCAAAAAUAUUUUUUAAAUGCAGAAGCUUAAGUUUUUCGAAAAACUUGUAAAUUGAUAAUUUAGAAUAUAAGUAUUUUAAAAAUUGUAAACUAAUAAUUGUGUCGAUAAUAUUUUACAUGGAUAAAAAUUAAGGUUGUUAAAAUUUUAUUUUGUACAAUUGCUUAUGUGCUUUUAUAUAUUAAAAAAACGUGAAAAGCAAUAUUACUUAACUUUAUCAAAAUGUUAAAAGUGAAUGAAUGAAAAUUAUUUGAGUUAAAAAAAACGUAUGUGCCAUAAUAACUAAUGAGAGUCUGGCCAACCCUGUUUUAGAAAUACAUAAAUCAAUAUAUUUCAUCCUAAAUUUUGUUGAAAAAGGCGAGAAUGUUGUUUUUUUGUAAGCAUAGAUUUUUUUUUUUUUUUGUUAAAAUAGAAUAAUGUGAAUUAUAUUAUUUUUACUUAUUGUACAUAUUUAAUUUUUAUGUUGAUUCAAAUUUCUCGAUUUUAGCUAACUACUUUUAAAAAAGUUUUUCAGUUAAAAAGUUAUUUAAUUUGUUUGUAUCAUUUUUAAGGUUCUUAAACGUAAUAUAUAUAUACAUAUAUAUUACAUUUAGAACUAAAGACUAAAAAUCAUGAUAAACGUUAUUAUGAAUACGAAAAGAAAAAUCAAAAAUAGUUGCAAAAAAUUAUUGUAAUUAUCACACUGAUCAUAUUGUAUUUAUUUUUAAUAUUAUUACCACAGUGUCAUUUUAAAAGUCACUUAGUUUGAAGUAUUAAGAAAAAAAUUAUAAAUUCAUAUACUUUUUAAAUGAGAGGAAAAACGUUCAAUUUUAUAAUUUCAAUAAGUGGUAUGAAGAAAAUUAAUUCUACAUUUUUACCUCAAUAAUAAAUAUCAAAGAAACUAUUUCGAAUAUUAACGUUUCAAUUGUAUGUAAUGUAUAUUAAUUAAUUUUAAGGCAUUUAAAAUUAAUAUUAGCGACAAUAAUAAAUUAGAAAAUAAGAUGUAUAUUUUUAGAUUUAAGUUUGGUGCCACAGAAAUAUAUUUUUAUAUUGGGCAAAUUGUUAGUUUUGAAACUGACAAAUUUAUCUUGAUUAAUAGGAUAAGAACCUAUUUUAUGAAACUAUUUUGUAAUUUAAUGUUCACUAUAUUUGUAAAGAGAUCAUAGGUUUUUUGACUGUAAGGCAAAUUUUUUUUAAAAUUAUGCCUGAUAUGAAUACAUGAAGUUUAGAUAAAAUUUGUUUUAAGAUUCACAUUUUUAAAAAAUUGUUUUAACUAUUUGAGAUGAAGAAUUAAAUCUUCAAUGUUUGCAUGUGAAUUUUUAUGAUUAUAUUAUUGUAGAUUGUAAUUAACGAAACAAAGUAUAAAAAUAAUUUGUCCAUUCAAUGUUUUGUACUUAUUUUUACUUGAGUUGUAUCUUAAUCAGAGAACAAGAUUUAAUUAAUCUUAAAAAAAAAAGAUGACAAAGUUGUCACAUAUAAACAUUGUUUUGAAUUCAAUUCUAUAAAGACGGAAGAAUGUAAUCUGAUUAAAGAAUUGUUAAAUGAUAUUAUUUGAUAUUGUAUAUUUGAUUUUGUAUGAAUAAUUCUAUCAUUAAAACACACGUAUGACGAAAAAUAAUAAAUCCUAUUAUUUACUAAA